UUUGCCUGUGACUUUUCAGUUAGAUAUCUAGGAGAAGAGUCCUCCUUUUUUUUUGUACCUUUCAUUUUCCCUUUGUUUUUAAAUUUUCAAAUAAACUUCUACCUUUCAAUAAUGAAAUGUGCUUUAGUGUGCAUGUUUAUUGUUGAACUGUACUUAGUAUUUCAAAUACUCUAUACAAUUUCUUUAUAGAAACGAUUACAAAAAGAACUGUUGGCAUUUCAAAAUGAUCCACCUCCAGGAAUGACUCUAGAUGAAAAGAGUGUAGAAAAUUCAAUUACACAGUGGAUUGUAGACAUGGAAGGUGCUCCGGGAACACUAUAUGAAGGGGAGAAAUUUCAGCUUUUAUUUAAGUUUAGUAGUCGGUAUCCUUUUGAUUCGCCUCAGGUCAUGUUUACUGGAGACAAUAUUCCUGUUCAUCCUCAUGUUUAUAGCAAUGGUCAUAUCUGUUUAUCCAUUCUAACGGAAGACUGGUCUCCAGCUCUCUCAGUGCAAUCUGUUUGUCUUAGCAUUAUUAGCAUGCUUUCCAGCUGCAAAGAAAAGAGGCGACCUCCAGAUAACUCAUUUUAUGUAAGAACAUGUAACAAGAAUCCAAAGAAAACAAAAUGGUGGUAUCAUGAUGACACAUGUUGAUGCCACCAUUUUGUGAUCCUCGUAGCAGAAGAUAGUCCUACUGAGAAAAUGAGCACUUUGAUCAUUCAGUCUUUGAACUUUAACCUUUGACUGGAAGUGACCUAUAGGCAACGAAGACUACUUCCUUUGACUGCAUUUUUACUAGUGUGCAUUCUGGGCGCAUGUUGAUCGCUGGUUCAGUCCAUGCAACUGACAUGCUUUAAUUAGUCAUACAGUAUUAAUGCAGGUGUCCAGAAAUGUCAGAAUAAUUCCAUUAUUUUUAUUUUAAGCUUUUGGAAGAAUUCCAGGUCUUCAUAUAUUGUGCAAUAACACUGAGCUCCUUGGCGGUUUUGGUGCAUCCAUUGCCGGCAAUGGACAUUGUACCAGGGAAAGGUUUUGCUCCUGCCACAAACAAGAUUGAUACAUGACAGAGCUUAGGAAAGUUUUGGAUAUAUUUGGAUUAUAAGCAAGGGAUUGACAAUUACCUUAAAUCCAGCCCAUUCUUUUAUAUUUGGAUUCUAUGCACUGUGAUCACAGAACUAGCAGCAUGAGUUAACAUGCCAAGCUGAAGGACUGUAAUAAGAUCGUUACAUAUUUAUUAAAUUGUUUAUCUGCUGUCAAAUUGUUUUGACAUGGGCGGUUUUUCAAGUGACAUUGGCAGAGAGGCACAAUGUUAUCCCUAUGGUGAAAUAAAACUACUUUUUGUAUAUAGUUAUUCAUAUCUCUGAAGCAAAGGUAUGAGUAAUUAAGGGUAUGAGUGAUUUAAACGAGACUUUAUUUUGGAGAUAGAGGAUGGCAGUGAUAUAACUGAACUUGCUGCAGUCCGUAAUUGGGCUUGUAAUUUGUACUUUAGAGCUUUUUCCAAAUAGAUUGCACACUGUUAUUUCCUGCUAGCCAUCAGCAUGAGCCCUACUGCCUACACCAAUAUUUCAUUUAUUUAUGUGUUCGAAAGCAAUCCAUAUAACAUUUUUUGUUUGCAUUCACUGUUUCUUUUGUGUUGUAUGUCAUGUUUGAAUGUUACAAAACAAUAUUUUGAUUGAAAAGCUUUGUCAGAAGAUAUUUUCAUGUAAAUUGUUUCUUUAUCUUGUAAGCAUCAUCUUGUCUUUUAAUCCUGUACUAUAAAAAGAAAAAAAAAUACAUUUUUGACAGAGGCUUAAAGUUUUCACAAAAAGGUGUGGACCUUCUUAUUUAAGUUUAGACUUAAGUAUAUUUUCUUAACUUGCUUGUCCCACGCAGCCAUGCCAAUUUUUUCCAGGCUUUUCACAAAAAAAAAGGGGAAAAAGCCUAAUCAGAUUGACAUUUUUCAGUGGAGCAACAUUUAUUGAAAUGAUAGUUGUUCUCAGCACUCUGUAAUAUUUUGAUACUGCAAUUAGGUUGUCUUUUUAGGAAGCACUUUUGUAAACUUAAUACCUUUACACAUAUGCAAAAAUUUCUAUGACUUUUUUUUACUGUUGCCUUAUUGUUGCACUCAAAAGAAACAUCAAGCAAUUAAUGCAUGAAUGUCUAAAGUAACUACUUGAUGUAAAAGCAAACAAACAAAAGCAAAAAAAAAUAAAUCCCUGAACCCAAUCCAAAAUGGAUAACUACAAUAGCAAACAAAAUUGGCUGAAAA